AAAUGGCUGGUCGUGCUGCGAUUUCUUUUCCUGACGAUGACGGUUAUGAAGGUGACUCGGGAUAUGGCAAAGCCAAUAGAAACAAUGAGCAAUACGAUUUUUUACAACAAUACGAGACAAGAAACCGUGAUAUGCUUCAAAGUACACAGCGUUCGUUAGGCGUUAUGUACGAAACAGAACGGAUUGGAAUCGACACUGCUGAGGAACUGUUGCACCAAGGAGAACAACUGAACAACACUGAAAAAAAUUUAGAUAAAAUCAACCAAGAUAUGAAAGUCGCCCAGACCCAUCUUACUUCUCUUAAAAGUGUCUUUGGUGGAUUUGUGAAUCUCUUUAAGUCAAAACCAAAAGAAGAAGAAGCUGAAGUAAAGGAAAGGAAAACUAACGAUUAUUUAGACAGUGCGAUUAACCAAAAACCGACUCGGGAAGAUGACAUCCAUCCAGCCAUGCGAUUACGUGAUCCUUAUUCAAGUAAUUACUAUGAACAGUAUAAUGCUGGUUCUGCCGGUAGUAGCGGUUCCGGUUCUCAGUCUAAAAUGCGACAAAUGGAUACACAGAUUAACAAAAAUAUAGAUGAAAUGUCCUCUGGAAUGUCUCGUCUUAAAGGCUUAGCUCUUGGUCUGGGUCAAGAGAUUGAGACACAGAAUGACCAAAUUGAUAGACUUACCACCAAGGCUGAUAAGGCUGAUCAAACUAUAUUUGGUGCAAAUAAACAAAUGAAUAAAAUCCUAUUCAAAUAGAUAAAAUGUAUAUCAUUUACCACAUAAUUAAUUUUCCAGGGUCUAAAGUACAACCGAUACAUAACAAGACGUAUUUGCUUUGUUAUAAUUUAUCCUCCAAUUGAGGUGCAUAUCUGCCAGAAGUUGUUUUGGUUGAUUUGUAAAUCUAGAGGUAGGGGUGGAUUAUGGGAUCAUGAGAGCCAUUCUUUUUGUCAUGUUUUACACUUGAUCUUGUAUGAACAGAUCAGUAAACCCCCACAGUUGUAGCUUCAAUACUAAUUAUUCAUAUGCAGAUACAUAUGUGAAAAUUCAUUUUGAGAACUUAAACAGCUUGAAUUAAAGGGUGGUGAUCGUCGCCCUCUAUAUGUGCGACAUUUGUGUUGAUAAACAUUGCUUUUCCCAAAAUCCAACGCGCUCUUCUAUUGAAAUCACGAGUACGAGUUUUGAUCUUGGAGCGACGUACACUAAUUGUCGACGAUGACUCCUUCGAUACCUUCCAAUCACCAAAGAAAUUACCCAGUUAAAGUUUGGUAACGUCUCAGUUUGAACUCAUUGGUCUGCACAACAGUCAAAGUUGCCAUCUUUGUUCAUAUUAUGAGACCCAUAUCUCACGCAUGCAUGGCGCGACAACCACCUCCCUUUAAGGCUAGAGUUCUUCCUUUUCAUUUGAUGGUGAGAGCUGCUUCCUAUAACCCCUACUCUAUGGUGGAAUCUGGAAGAUCACAGCAAAUGAAAAUGUCAGAAGAAUUUGUUUUGAUUUUUUUACUUUAACUAACAAUAAUGCAUUAAAUGGAACAUUUUAGGUUUUAUGCAAAUGAUACUACUGGCAGCAACAUUUUCAUUGGAUUGCCACAUUACUAGUAUUUUAGUGUAACGCCCACGCACUUGUGGUCAGCUUUGAGAACCUGUUAACCUUUUCACCACCAGUUCCCUCUUUUCAUAAAAUAGUCCUGUUUAUAGUCUGCACAUUUCUUCAGAAGAUUUGAUCAAAAAUAGCCAAAUUUUUUUAAGUAAAAACUAAAAAUUGACUCAGAUUUUGUCUGUUGCUUCCAAAAUUAAGAUCCAUUUUUAGAAAUAUUGAAUAAUAUAAGGUCUGUAUAGAGAUACAACUAUAUGCAAAAAAACUGAGCAUGAAAGUCUGGCAGUGAAAAGGUUAAUAGUUUGCAUGAUACGUUUCUAUAGCAACUAGAGUUUUUAAUAUGGAGAUAUUUAUUUAUUUACAUAGAAUGUGACAUCUUGGAUUUAGCAAUAGAUCUAUUAUUGGGUGUAUCCUCGGGGGCGGAGCUACGUCACAAGACGUUCCACGUUGCUAAGACACACACCACUGUACCAUGCAUUUCUAUGGACUCUGUGCGUGAUGCUGUGGAACGCCGGUAGAGAAACCAGUUAAAAUAGCUAAAUUCGAAAAAAUAACACAAACUCAACUUUGAAGUAAUCCUGAACAACCAAAUUCAUAUACGUUAUACACACAAGGGUAAUUUUGUUACACUGUUCAGGGGAGUCUCAACAACUAUCCCAAAGUACCGUUUUCUGCGAGUUUUUGGCCUUUGUUUUCACCGUGAUGGUUGCCUUGAUGUCCGCCUCCGAGAAUUCCUCGUGACUGCAGGGUUUGAUGUCAACAUAAAUACUGUAGGGUUUAUUGUCUACGGAAACCAGUGUAGUUAUUUUAACAAAUGUAUUAUUUAAUAAUUAUUAUUGUUUGUAGAGAUACAUUGCAUAAUAUAAACCAUAUUUUUUUGUCCCUAAAUGUAUGAAUAAAACUUGUUUUGAAACAAUUU